CGAUAACUCUCACCUUCGAUUCGUUUGUUAAUUGAGGCGCAAGCUACCACAAACAAUGGAGAAGGAUCAACAGAGACCGUAUCAUGUUCUAACAAGAGAUGAAGUUAAGGAAAAGAUGAAGAAGCAGAUCGAUGAUAUCUCUAACAUCUUCGUGAUGUCAAACUCCGAUGCGACCGUACUUCUCAUGCAUCUCCGAUGGGACUCGAUGCAGGUUUCAGAUUGUUUGGUUGAUAACAAGGAGAAACUUUUAUGGGAAGCAGGUUUGAAAUCUGAUGUCCCUGAUCCCAAUGGAGAAUUAUCUGAUUCUCAUUGUGGGGUUUGCUUCAAGACUUCGGUUGAGUUUUAUGGCGGUUUAGUCUCCACGUCCUUUUGUUCUCACAAGUUUUGUAAAUCUUGUUGGAGCAACUAUCUUAACAAGGAUUUUUAUUCUGUUGAGAAAAACCAAACUGCAAUCUCUUGUCCUCCUCCUGCUUGCCGAGCUGCGGUUGGACCGGACACGAUUGAGAACCUAACCGUACCCGACCAAGAUAUGUACGAGAGUUAUGUUAUGAGAUCUUACCUUGAGGGAAACAAGGUAUUGGAGAUCAAACAGUGUCCUGCACAGGAUUGCAAUUACUUUAUUGUGUUUCAUCAGGACAACAAUGAUGAUGAUGAUGAUGAUGCGGAAGAUUGUAGCUUAAACGUGGUGUGUCUCUGUGGUCAUAUCUUCUGUUGGAGAUGCAUGCUUGACUCACACAGACCAGUGACCUGCAACAACGCUUCUGAUUGGUUGUCUAAAGAUUUGAAGAUCUUAUCGACCAAAACUAGCACAGAGCUGACUCGCCCUUUCAGGUCGAUCAAAACCAGCACAAAGACUUGCUGCCCUCAUUGUAAUCGUGCUAUGAACCUGUAUGGUAAACAAUACUUCCUGAUCGUGACUUGUACCUGCAGCGGUCGUUUCUGCUGGAAGUGUAGGCAGUCAGAGAAAGACCACAGAAUGGAGUCAGGACUAUACAAACUCUGUAAUGUACCGAAGAAGACACCCGAGAAAAGAGCAGAAGUGGAGGAUUCUUGUGUGGAACGCUGGAAGGCGAGUGAGAUUUUAGUGAAGCAAGCUAAAUCUGAUCUAGCAGCAUUCGAGGAAUCCAACAUGAUGAAACCGAGUCAUUUGAACGAGAAAGACAUUACGAUUAUAAGAAAGGGAUUGAUGUUGAUCGUUCAAUGUAGACAAGUCAUUCAAUGGAGCAGCGUGUAUGACUAUUUCCACGCUGAGUAUGAGCUCUCGAAGAGGGAGUACCUACGGUUCCUGCAAGCAAACGCCACUUCACUUGUCCAGAGUUUCUCAGAUAUCCUCAAGGAAGAAACAGAAAGAGCCUUGUCAGAUACUUCUGAGGAGUUUUGUUGCGUGAAGCAUAAGGUAUCGAUCGAUACAAGCAACAUUGGUAAUUAUUUUUACCAUUUCAUCAAGACUUUACAAGAUGGUUUGGACGAAGUCAAGGUGAAGUCUUAUGACGACUUUGGCGGUCUUUUCUGGCUCUGCGAUCGCUGCACAUUUGGAAACACUUGGUUCCAUAAAGAUUGUCAGAUGUGCCGUGAUGAUAUUGCAGCUCCCGCCGAGUUAACUGAUUUAUCUCUUAGUUAA